AUGCUGAUCUCAUACAGGGAUGGGUCAGAAGAUGGCCUUACCUUUGCUUUUCGCUUCACAGAUGCUACUGUUUCUAUUCCCAACCAGGGGGUUGAUCUCAUUCGGCAAGGAUGGAGUAGGAGGGGUCCAAAUGUACUCCAAGAAGGUUAUGGGACUGCAGCAGUCUUACCUGAGCAAGGAAUGUAUCUUGCAGCAUCUGUAUACCGGCCAGUUCUUCAGUUUACAGAUAAAAUUGCUGCAAUGCUGCCCCAAAAGUAUUCCCAACUUGGGUAA